CAGUAAGAGAUGAGAACACUGAAAAUGUCGUUUUAGAUUUAAAAAAGUCAAAACAAAAACAAUGUUACGUUUCUAUUUGUAAACAGAAUUAGACAAUUAAUAUAGUGUUUGUAUAAUUUAAAAUAAUUGUAUUAUUUUGUUAAUAGUAAAACAUUAUUAUCAUGGAAGGAGCAUAUAAAGAAAAAUACUCAUUUAUUGGAGAAUGGUAUGACAACCAAGCAAGCCUUGUAAGAAGAUUUAAUGUAUUUUACUAUCCCACCGAUGAUACAAUCGAGAUGUAUGAUCUGAAGAACAGGAAGACCUUUUUAAGAAGAGUGAAGGUGAAUGGUAUAACACUUGACAAUUUCUUUAUUGGGAGUUCCCUUUACAUAUUAGGAAGAUUGGUCAAAAUUAUUGAUUUUGCAUGUGAACACACAAAGGAAAAACUGCACAAGGAUAUGGAAGUCACAUUUGCACUAAUAAAACCCCUUUCAUCAAAGGUUACUGGAAAAAUUAUCACGCACUUCUUUGAACACAACCUUAAGAUAACUAAAAUGAAAAAAGCCCGCCUCACAGGGGAUGAUGUAAACUAUCUUUAUAGAUUUCAAUUAACGGAUCCUACAUUUCCCUUUCUUUUGGAGCAUCUAACGGGAGACUUAGUGUAUGGUAUGGAGCUUGUUGGUAAAGAUGCUGUUGCCCUCUCCAAACAGAUAAUUGGUGAUAAAGAUCCAAUGAAAGCUAAACCAGGCACUAUAAGGGCACUUUAUGGAUCUGAUCCUGUUAAGAACUGUGUUGAUGUCUCCAGUGAUACUGAAACUGCUAUUCAGGAUGUGGAAUAUUUUUUUCCCUCACCACCAUUUCAUUUAUCAAGGCUUCGAUUGACAGCCACCCUGUCGAAUUGCACCCUUUGUAUUGUGAAACCACAUGCCAUACGAGAGGGUAAACUAGGUGCUGCGUUAGAAGCAAUUGACGAAGGUGGAUUUGAUAUUACAGCUUUGAAUAUGUUCAUAGUUGAGAAUAUCAAUGCGGCAGAGUUCUAUGAAGUUUAUAAGGGAAUUGUUCAAGAGUAUAAGGGAAUGGUGGAAGAGCUUUCAAGUGGUCCGUGUAUUGCAAUGGAAAUUGUUGCGAAGGAUAAGCGUACUAAUACAGCCGUUGAGUUUAGAAAAUUAGUGGGGCCAUCUGAUCCGGAAAUUGCAAGAUUAUUACGUCCAAACACAAUGAGAGCUAAACUUGGGAAAACAAAGGUGCAAAAUGCUAUACAUUGUAGUGAUUUAGCAGAGGAUGGUUUACUUGAAGUGGAAUAUUUCUUCAAAAUUUUAAAUUUGUAAUCUUUUUAAUUAUAUCAAUGUUUCUUUAUUGAUCUAUUUGAAGGCGAAGGUUUAUCACGCUUUUAUAUUAUUCCAUUUUUUUAAAUAAUACUAUUUAAUUUCAAGAGUUCGCAUUUAAAAGUACUUGAUUAUUUACCAAUAAAAUAAAAAUUAAACUGAAAAUCAAGUAAGCAGUGGGAAGAUGAUAUAAUAAAGGUCGGGACCUAAUCUGAUAUUUGUUAAAGUAUAGAAAAUCUUAAAAUAUAUCUAGGAAUUAUAAAUGGUACUAAAUAGCACAUUACCAUGCGUACGAUAUUUAGGCUGCUACACAAAUGUUAGUCAUCUAUGUAAUAGGUAUAAAAAAGACUGAUUUUGAUUAUUAUAUUGUGUGCUUAGAGUGUGGUUUUAAUAAAUAAAUGAUUAUAAGUAUAA